AUGUAAACUAGCAUUUAGUCUAAAGCAGAAGAAAUAUUUGGAAAUCUAGAUUCAAUUGUAGACAAAGUGAAUGUCUUUCAUUCACAUGCAGUGUUUUUCAAAGACAAAGAAUUCACUUAAAUACUUACAGACUAGCCAGGGGCACCCAAAAACAAACUGGACUUACUCUUUUUUAAUUUCCUCAGAACAAGGGCAUAGUGCUUGAUUACUUCUGGCAAGAUAGUAAGAGACGACCCUUACUUGUAUAACAUUGAUUUUCAUCUUAAUGGUAAUGGAAUUAAGGAUUGCGAAUUCUUUUAAUAUUCUGAUGAAUUUCACAGGCAAUUAUAUACCAAACCAGUUGCUAUAUUGACAAGAACCAUAUCAUUAAAUUUCUUCUAAUAUGCUUCAGUUUACAAGGAUUUGAGAUUUUUAAAGUUCAUCUUUACUGAAGAUUAAACUGCUCAGGAUUAUUUUUAGUCUUAAGCCAUUCAUUGGAAUAUAGAAGAUCAAGAAUUAGUCAAGAUUAAAAUCAGAGAAGAGUAUAAUAUUUAGAUAAUUGGUAUAAAAGAAGUUACUAUCCACAAGGUCAUAUAAUAUUUAAAAGAAUAGAAAACUUUUUAGCCAAUCUUAUCUGAAGUGGGAGAAUCUACAUUUAGGACAUCAUAUAUAGAGAUUCCCUCAGACAAUCCAGUAGAAUUGCUAUAUCUUGGAAUCUAUUAGGGAGAAAUCGAAGAUCAUCAAUAAGGAACAAAAUUUGCUUCAUUAGAUGAGAUUAUAAGUCAAUAUAAACUAGAAUAAAAAAGCACAAUUCAUGAAUAAGAGAAUGGUAAAGGCAAAUGGCUAUUGACACUUUGGACUAAAAGGACUAUAGAAGAUUAAUUAACUGAAAAUUUAGAGAGUUAUAGAUAAGAGAUAUUGGAUUCCAUUUGUAUAUGA